AGAAAUCCCAAUCGGCAUCUGGCAACACUGACGGAAUAUAUAUUUAUAUAUAUAUAUGAUUCCUACAGCCGCGAAAAUGUGAAUUUCGCAAUUGAUUUAAAAUCAUCCACCGCAGCCGAGCCAAGUCCAAAUUGGAACUAAAUUCUUGCCAAAAGACAGGCCCCAAGCGUCGGGGGGAAAUAGGCCAUCGAGAUUAUCGUUUUGUGAGCGAAACAGAGACAUUUUGGAGCCCUGAAACUGCGCAGUAAAAAUCAAUAACUGUAAGUGGCACGCAUCGCCAAUACAUAAAUGUAAAAAGGAGGUCCGCACGAGGAGCCAAGAUGUCCGACGAGGAGGAGGAGUCCGUGUCCGAGGGCUUCUCGGCCAGCGAGGACGAGUGGAAGCCCACUAAGGAUGCACGCGGCGGUGAGUCGUCCGACGACGAUGACAGCGACUUUGAUGAGCUGCAGGCUGCGGGGGCGGCCGGAGCACCAGGUUCCAGUGGUCGCUCCUCGGCUGGAGCAUCUAAGAAGAAGGAUCGAAAGCAGCCGAGCGGCAUUAAGGGGUCGUCGGUGAAGAAGCGUAAGCCCAGCGGCCAAUCGUUGCGGUCCAAGCUAUACAACAAGUACCGGCCGCCGCCAAAGACCUUCGGCACAUCGCCAUCCCAGCAGCAGAACUCGCCCUCGGCAUCGGGUUCAAAAAACGCCAGAACGCCCAAUGAAAGCGGAGCUCGGAAUCAGCACCACGAUGCGGCUGAUUCCAGCAGCGAGUCCAGCGUGGAGGAUUACUUGGUUAAUCCCGCUGACCUGGAUCUGCAGUCAACCUUCUUUGCCGGCCAGCCAGAGAAGUCGAAAGAGAAAUCCCCGGUGCCGCAGUUCGACUGCAAUGCCGGCAUCACGAAUCUCUCGGACUCUGGUUCCGGAUCGGAGGACAACAACGACAGCAGUAUGGAGGACAAGGCUAGCAACGCGUUCGAUUUCCGGGGUCUCCUCGAGAACGCGAACAGCUUGGAGCGCACCAGGGAUGCGAUCGCCAAGCGUAAUGUCACGGCCACUCCACCCAAGAGCCAGACCGCCACCAUGGAUGUGAACGCACUGCUUGCAUUGGGCGAGAACCAGAACUACGAGGAGCAGGAAGAGCCUGAAGGGAAUAAACGGAGGGGAGUUGGAGCUGGAGGUGGAGUGGGAUCGGUAGAGCCGCCACCCUUGGAUGGACCGUCGAGGCUGAGCAAGACAAAGUCGACACGGAUUAAGCGCCACACUAAGACACGACCCGUUUCCACAGUGGUCGCGAAUGCCGGCGAUACGGAUGACUCUGAUUUUGAGGAAGUGGCAGAUGCUGAACUGGAGAGCGACGAGGAUGGCACUCCGAACGUCUCCGGCGACCUGGAGAUCCAUGUCGGCCUCCAGACACGACCCACCAAGGAGCAAAAGACCCAGCACGAGCUGGAGAUGGCCCUGAAGCGUCGACUCAACCGGGACAUCAAGGACCGACAGCUACUGCUGCACAAAGUCAGUCUGAUGUGCCAGAUCGCCAGGAGCAUGAGGUACAACCGGCUUCUGGGCGAAUCGGAUGCCCUGAUGCAGGCGGCUCUGAAACUCCUGCCCAGCAAGAACGCCUACCCUACGGACCGGGGCGUUGAGCUGAAGUAUCUGCAGUCGUUCGUCACCUGGUUCAAGACGGCCGUCAAGCUUCUCAAUCCCAAUCUCUAUUCCGAGCAGUCGGUCUCCAGCAAAAAGCAGGUCUUAGAGGCCCUGCUGGAGCAGAUCAAGCGUAAGGAAGCCCGCUGCAAGCAGGAUAUGAUCUUCAUAUUCAUUGUCCUUGCCCGGGGAAUGGGAAUGCACUGCCGUUUGAUAGUGAAUCUCCAGCCAAUGCCGCUGCGUCCAUCGGCCAGUGAUCUAAUUCCCAUCAAACUGAAGCCGGACGAGAAGAACAAAAGCCAGACGGUGGACUCUGACGAGGAGGAGGAGGAGGAGGAUUCCGAGCCUAAGAAAAAAAAAACUUCCAAAGCUAAGCCUCAAGCGGAAAAGUCGAAAGAGGUUGCCAAGAAGAAGGAGAGCAGUAAACCAGGAUCUUCCGACAAAAACAGAUCUGCUUCGUCGACCAAAAAAGAGGUGGCUACCAAUUCUGGGGCCUCCACCAGCAAAGCGCCAGAAAAAAAUGUAAAAAAGGACACUGGAAAAGCCACUUCAAGCACCAAACAGCUCAAGAAGGAUGAUGCUGCCGAAAAGGAGGAUGUUCCCAAAUCCAAAACAGUUAAAAAGGAAACUAUUUCGAAACUCAGUCUGUCCUCUAAACUGGCCAGCAAGGAGACUAUCAAAUCGGAAAGAUCCCGAAUUUCGGACUCCUCCUUCGAGGAGAAACCAAGCACUUCCAAGGCAGCUUCCCUCAUGUCUCUCCCGGAAACCAAAGCCAAGCCCAACUUGUCUCUGCUGAAACGGGUGACCACUCAGAAAAUCUCAGAAGCCACUGAGGGCAAGAGGGCCAAAGUUGCUCCUGCGGAUCCCUUCUCCCCAGUGGCGGGACGAACUCGGAGGGCACAAACCAAACCAAAAAUAGAGGUGGAGGAGAUAAAGGGGAGCUUGUUCUCCCCAGUGGGAUCUCCUGUGAGGCCAGAGUUGGUGUUGCCCAAAGCCAAGAGGCAGAAUGGCAACAGCAGGGAUGCGGAGAACACCCAGCCUGCCAUGCAGAAAGAGAUUAUAACCCGUUCUCGGAGCAAGUCACCCAAGGUGCAUAUUUCCUCAGCUUUUCUGGGUGCUGGUAUUCCAGGACAAGGUACAGAUCCAGUGCCCACCAAGAGCUCCAAAAGUCCGGAUGCCAAAGUUCGGGUUUCGCCCACUUUCCUCAAAGCGGCACCGACACGCCACUUGCGGAGUCGCCAGCAGAAGGCCACCAACCUAACUAUUCCCCAGCUAGAUGGGGCCGAGGAUGUGCCAGUGCCCAAGAAGCGCCCGAAGCUGGAGAAGCUUCAGAAGUCGCAGGACUCCGACGAGGUGUUUGAACCUUCGAAGCCCGUGAAAAAGGCGCCAGUGCUGCCCAAGUCAGUGCAAAAUCUGCGCAAGGAUCGGCGAGUCCUUUCCACGGAUGACGAGGGCGGCUUGAAGCCCAAACGGAAGCCGGACGCCUCCGACAUGUGGGUGGAGGUGUGGUCCGAAGUGGAGGAGCAAUGGAUCUGCAUAGACCUGUUCAAGGGCAAGCUGCACUGCGUCGAUACCAUACGGAAAAACGCAACGGCAGGUCUGGCCUAUGUGUUCGCCUUCCAGGACGAUCAGAGCCUGAAGGACGUGACCGCCCGUUACUGUUCCAGUUGGAGCACAACAGUGCGCAAGGCGCGUGUGGAGAAGGCCUGGCUGGAUGAAACCAUUUCCCCGUACCUGGGACGUCGCACCAAGCGUGACAUCCGCGAGGAUGAGCAACUGCGUCGCAUUCACGCCGACAAGCCCCUGCCGAAGUCCAUAGCGGAGUUCAAAGAUCAUCCGCUGUAUGUUCUUCCGCGGCAUCUACUCAAGUUCCAGGGCCUCUACCCGCCGGAUGCACCCACCCUGGGCUUUAUCCGGGGGGAGCCCGUCUACUCGCGAGACUGUGUCCACCUCCUGCAUUCCAGAGAGAUUUGGCUGAAGAGCGCACGGGUCGUUAAGCUGGGGGAGCAGCCCUACAAGGUGGUCAAGGCGCGGCCAAAGUGGGACAAGCUGACGCGGUCGGUUAUCAAGGACCAGCCCCUUGAGAUCUUCGGCUACUGGCAGACGCAGGACUACGAGCCACCCACGGCGGAGAACGGAAUCGUCCCACGAAAUGCCUACGGAAAUGUGGAGCUCUUCAAGGCGUGCAUGCUGCCCAAGAAGACAGUGCACCUGAGACUUCCUGGUCUGAUGCGGGUCUGCAAGAAGCUGAACAUAGACUGCGCCAACGCGGUGGUGGGCUUCGACUUCCACCAGGGCGCCUGCCAUCCCAUGUACGAUGGCUUCGUGGUCUGCGAGGAGUUCCGCGAGGUGGUCACCGCCGCCUGGGAGGAGGACCAGCAGGAGCAGGCGCGCAAGGAGCAGGCCAAGUACGAGGAUCGCGUCUACGGCAACUGGAAAAAGCUGAUCAAAGGUCUAAUUAUUCGCGAGCGCCUCAAGAAGAAGUAUAAUUUCUGAAUUAGUGUCUCUCUUGUAACUUUUCGUAUCAUUUGUAUCGUUUUUUUUGUACUUUCUUUGUAUUUGAAACCCGCUUUUGGAUUUCAAUAAAUUGUAUGCAUCUUCUGUA